UUCUGGGAAAGAGGCUGUAAAGGUGGACUGAGAAGCAGCCUCCACUGGGAUCCCUUUGACUCUGCCCCACCCCACUAACACCAACCUCUGAAGCAGAAAAUCCUGGGUCUCACACCUUCACUGACCCAUACCCCUCUUCUGUCCCUGCGAUAUGGCCACACACCCCACCCUAUGACUCCAGAGCUGUCCAUGAGCAGAGAGCUUGAGGACCCUGGGGAAAGUGGGAUGGGUAACCCAGCGGUGAGAGAAGGUCUCCACCAUGCCUGCCAUGCCCAUCAGCCGCAUCCAGGUGAGACUGGGAGAACACAACAUCAACGUCCUCGAGGGGACUGAGCAGUUCAUCGAUGCGGCCAAGAUCAUCUGCCACCCCAAAUACAACCCAACAACUCUGGACAAUGACAUCAUGCUGAUCAAGCUCUCCUCACCUGCCGUCAUCAAUGACUACGUGUCCACCAUCUCUCUGCCCACCGACCCUCCAACUCCUGGCAAUGAGUGCCUCAUCUCCGGCUGGGGCAACACUCUGAGCUCUGGCGCUGACUACCCAGAUGAGUUGCAGUGCCUGUGUGCUCCUGUGCUGACCCAGGCUGUGUGUGAAGCCUGCUACCCAGGGGAGAUUACCAGCAACAUGUUCUGUAUAGGCUUCCUUGAGGGAGGCAAGGAUUCCUGCCAGGGGGACUCUGGUGGCCCUGCCGUCUGCAACGGAGAGCUCCAAGGCAUUGUCUCCUGGGGCUAUGGCUGUGCCCAGAAAAACAAGCCUGGAGUCUACACCAUGGUCUACAACUAUUUGGACUGGAUUAAGGAAACCAAAGCUGCCAACAGCUAAAGCCCCCGAUCCCUCUGCAGUCUCUAUACCAAUAAAGUGACCCUGUUCUAACUGUGUCUGUGCCUGCUCCCUCUCACUCCUUCACACUGGAAAGCAUCCUCCAAUUUCAGGUCAGACACGACUUUCCUGCUUAAAGGUAAACAGAGCCCCCAGCUCCCAGAAUGUGUUCCAUGGUACACUAGAUUAGCACAUACAAAGAGAUGGAAUCCAAAACUAAUAAGCUUGGGAGAAAGGGGGGCAGUGUUUUCUAGAGAAACGUGAAUUUCAGAAAGGUGCUCUUGGAUGCGGGGUAUUGAUUUUUAUUUGGGCUUCUCACAGUGGUUAGAGCUACUCUGCCUUCAGAAUAAUCACAGUACAGAAAAUGUGUCAGCAUCUUCG